GGCUCUGUCCGUGCAGCCUCCUCCAGUCAGCAGAGGGGUAGCGAGCUGUGCGAGUCUGUACCGCUGCACUGAUUCGCUCCGAUAACGCUGACUUCCGACGGGCUUCCGAAGAAUGAGAAAUCCAACCGCAUAAUCUGCGGGUCCGCACGCACCUGACUGCUCCGGUGCGCACGGUGCACACCGGGCAAAGCAUUCGAGACGGAGCCGUCUUGUCUCUUUAUUCUCCAAGAGCAAUGUGGACAUGCUGUAAGGGUAGCCGCCGUGUCCCGAGGGAAGAUGCCGAGCAGACGCAGGAUCUGAGCAUAAGGAACUGUUCACCUCAGCGGUCAUGAGGAGUAGAGGGCGCUGAUGAGACCUGCUGCUGCCUUGCCAGCAUGUGCUGCUAGUCCAGUACCAACCGAAGGUGGACGUGGUUGGACAGAGCAGCUGAGGACACAGUCCUGAAGAUUGAUGGAGGGCCAUGCUCUUCAAACAGCAGGCAUUGCUGAGACAGAAGCUCUUUGUCCUGGGAAGCCUUGCUAUUGGAAGUGUCCUUUAUCUUGUGGCAAGAGUCGGGACCUUGGAUAGGCUACAGCCCAUUUGCCCCAUCGAAGGCAGACUGACCCCCCAGGAGUUGGAGCAGAUUCCUCUCCGCGCGUUGCAGUUCAAACGUGGCCUCUUCCAUGAGCUACGUAAGGGCAAUGCUACCAAAGAGCAGAUCCGGCUACACAAUCUGGUCCAGCAGCUGCCUCGAGCCAUCAUCAUUGGGGUGCGCAAGGGGGGCACUCGCGCAUUGCUGGAGAUGCUCAACUUGCAUCCAGCUGUGGUCAAGGCUUCGCAGGAGAUACACUUCUUUGACAAUGACCAAAACUAUGCUCGAGGAAUGGACUGGUACAGAGGGAAAAUGCCCUUCUCUUUCCCUCAUCAGAUCACCAUUGAGAAAAGUCCUGCAUACUUCAUCACAGAGGAGGUCCCUGAACGUAUCUUCAAGAUGAAUUCUUCCAUAAAGCUGCUCAUCAUUGUCCGUGAGCCAACUACCAGAGCUAUAUCUGACUACACUCAAGUGCUAGAGGGCAAAGAGCGAAAAAACAAGACUUACCACAAGUUUGAAAGUCUGGCAAUGGAUGCGAACACCUGUGAGGUGAACACAAAGUACAAAGCUGUCCGGACCAGUAUCUACACCAAACAUUUGGAUCGCUGGUUGAAGUACUUCCCUGUGGAGCAGUUCCACAUUGUGGAUGGGGAUCGCCUCAUCACUGACCCCCUGCCGGAGCUGCAGCUUGUCGAGCACUUCCUUAACCUUCCCUCAAGGAUUAGCCAAUAUAACUUGUACUUCAAUGCCACCAGGGGGUUUUACUGUCUACGAUUUAACAUAGUCUUCAACAAGUGCCUGGCAGGCAGCAAGGGGCGCAUCCACCCGGAGGUGGACCCAGCAGUGGUAACCAAGCUACAGAAGUUCUUUCACCCCUUCAACCAGAAGUUUUCCCAGAUCACCGGCAGAACAUUCAACUGGCCAUGAUGACGUUGAAUGUCUCUACUGACAUUCCUUCCUUUUUUAACACCAAGCUACAAGAUCUCAACAAGCAUUUAUUAGUAGCACUUUCAUUGAAUUUAAUACAAAACUGACAGUGUGACCAAAUACAAGAGAUUGUUGUAAAUUUGUUUUAUGUGUGAAAAUUGUUUUAAAUAUUAUGUUCAUAGCACUUGAUCAUACAAAUAAAUGUACCUGUCUGUGAAAGAGUGAUUAAUUAAAGAGAUGAUUUUAUAUAUAUAUAUA